AUGACUGUCUUUUCGCAGAUCUUUAAUACCAACUGCUCCUUGCCAACAACGCCAUACCAUUAUGUAACCUCAGCAAACAUCAGGAGCACAACUGACAUAUUAUGGAGCUCCGCGACGGCAUUAGUCCUGUUCACCUGGGCCAUUCAGCAUCUCAAUGUCCCCUAUCAAAAGGAGUCAAAAGCGCAGAAGCAACAGAUUCGCAAUUUCUUGGACGAAAUGUUACUGAAGGCUUCCUUCAUGAUCGGAACAAUUAUAGCGCCUGAGCUGUUGCUUGGCAAGGCUCUAGGAGAUUUGAUGUCGGCGCGUGAAUCUCGAGAUCAGAUGAAAACAUAUGCAGAGAAGGACAAAGUCGAAUGGAGUCUCACACAUGCAUUUUACGCCAACAUGGGCGGCUUCGUCAUUCAGUUUUCACCUGGAACACGAGUCCCAACACAAGUGGACCGACUACAGGGCACGACAGAAACCACUACAACUGACCAUGGACACAAUGCUUUGUCCCUGGACUCACCAGAGUUAGUAAUCCAUGAAAGCUCUGAUUCUAUUCCAAAAAAGGAGCAGGUCCAUGAGAGUCCAGUCGAUAUCGAGCGUGGUUCUCCUCCCCGAAAACGCAAAUUGGACAUUUCUAAGCCGCAUAAAUUAAUUUCGGGCGAGGAUUGCCCCUGCAGUGAUCAGAAAAACGACUCGGAGUACAAAUACAUGACCAUCGAGGACAUCUCAGUUCACUUUGCUAAACCCUGGUACCUCUUUGGUUUUAACCCGUUCCCUAUCAAGUUCUGGAAUGGCAGGUUCCUGGUCGACCCUGGGCCCUUUAAGGAAAUCCUGAAGCAUCCAAAUGAAGAGGCAGAUGCAAUUGCAGAUACCACCAACGACCGUAAUGCUAGUGACAUUUUAUAUGAACUUGCGCAUCGACCGGAAACUGACAAAAAUUUAUUCGGCGACGUGCAGAAUGGACUUAGUCGGCUUCGGGGACGAUACUGGGCACUCGAUGCCCGACAACUUUACAAGGCUCGAGAGCUUGGUAUAAUUGAAUCAUUACCAUCUGUUUCCGAGGAAGCCAUACAAGACCAGAGCAAGGGUGACGCAGUCAUCAAACUCACAGCUAUGUUCCAAGCCUUUUAUCUGGUCUUGCAGCUUAUCGUAAGGCGCAUUGAAGGCUUGCCAUCGUCCUUGCUGGAAAUCAUGGUGGUUGCUUUCUCGGCUUGUGCAUUCAUAACAUACCUUCUGUUCUUCCCGAAGCCACAGGGGGUUAAGGUUCCUCGAUAUAUCCACGCAGCUCGGUAUCCGACUCCAGAAGAGAUAGGCAUUAUUGCAAAGCCUGCUCCUUUUGAUUGUAUGAUAGGUUACAGGAAAAGGACAUAUGCGAUGCCGAAUUUGACAAUGCAUUAUUGGUGGGGUAAUAAGGAGUCAGUCUUCGAGUUUAUAGCAGAUGAAUCUUCCCAUGGAGGGUUACUCCUCCUCAUGGUAGGUUCUGUUUUUGGAGGCAUGGUGUUCGGAGCCAUUCAUUGCGCUGGAUGGUAUUCCGAUUUCCCUACACCUCUAGAGGGGAUCUUCUGGCGGGUUUCCAGCCUAUGCACAAUUUUUGGCUGGGGAAUAUGGACAUUAUUUUUCCUUCCUUUCUUACUAUUUAUACAUCCUGUAUACGUGGUGUACGAUAUCAUAAAACGUUGCAUUGCCAAGAGGUAUCGGAAACCAAAACCACAACUGCAAGCGCAAGCGCAAGCGCAACCAAAACGGAAUUUGUCAGUGACAGUAAUGAGAGUGCUGGGAUUAAAAGACUUUGGAAAGUUCACUAUAACGGUAUCAUUUCACAUCUGGUUUUCAGGAACUGUGUACAUUCUCGCACGCCUCUACAUGAUGUGCGAAGUCAUCCGACAGUUGUUCUUCCUUCCCCCAGGAGCAUUUCAGACGACAAGCUGGCUGGUUUCAAUUCCACAUGGUGGAUAG